AUGGGAAAGAAGUGUUCAGUGAAGUGCUACCUGGACGAGAAGCCUUCAGAAGCUUUAUGGUACGCAGGGGCCCAAGUAUCCAUUGUUUUAGCAGACUUUCUGAAGAGCCAACUAUCAGCAGUCCAAAUAAGGGAUAUUGAACAGUUACUUGGCACAAAUGGAUCCAUAAGCUUGCAAGCAGCAAAUGGAACAGAUAUUCCUUACUGUGGGUGGGCAGAGAUUGGCGUACGGCUAGCAAAUGAAAAGGAGACGGAAGUAAGAGUUCCAUUCUUAAUAACAAGGGAGAUCAUUGACCAACCUAUCAUUGGUUUUAAUAUUAUAAAACUAAUGGUCAGGAACACUGAAGAGAAAAAUGAUGAUGUUCUGCUUAACAGGAUGUCGAAAAGCUUCAAACUGAGCAAAAGCGGUGAGAGACAAGUAUUGAUUAGCCUUAUACGUACGUCUAAUUUUGAUAAACUUUGUCAAGUUAAAUCUUCAAAGAAGCCACAGAUUCUCCCUGCGGGGCAGACUGUUCACCUACCGUGUCGUGCUAACACUGGACCAAUCCACCGUAAGACGCCUGUCCUUUUUUAG